GCUGUUUAUAAACGGCAGGACGGAGGCACUCCAGAGGCGGGUUACCAUUCAUAAAUGGCUCCCACCAUUUCUAGCUGUGCACGCUCCCUGGGAGCGCGCAGCACCACGAUCCGGUGCCCGCUGUGUCCUCCGGACACAGUGAAACACCGUUCGUCGGACGGGACCUCUAUGCAAAGUAGUAAUCAAGUGAUUGCUUUUACACCCAUAUAGGAUGUAAAAGCAAUCAUUUCUCUUUCUGUGUGCAUUUCUGCACUCAUUGAGAAAUACAGAGUGAGCUGUGAUUGGUCACAGCUUGUCACAUGGUACAAGGCUUUUGUGAAUAGCCUUGUACCAUGUGACCUCUGUGAUCAUUCACAGAU